AAGAAUUGCGCUUUUAAUAUAUCAUCGAUAUGGGCAAAAAAAGGACAAAAACUUCAACAGAUAUACAAUAAUUACAUCUCAUCGCACUGACAUGCGUACAUGCAACCUGUCAGCUGUCAGAAUGAGGAUAUUGUUUUUCGUAAUAAAUAACGCGAAUUGCUUGGAAUUUGAUAGUGUCGACAGAUUGGGCAAUUAAUCAUUUUUUGUCGCUCUGAAAUAUAGAAAAUUAUGUAAGAAGAUUAAACGGCUAAUAAUGUCGAUAUUUUCGAUUCGAUAGAUCGCUGUAACGCGGAGAGAAGAAGAGAGUGAAAGUGAAAGAGAGAGAGAAAGAGAAAGAACGCGUAGAAUACGCCAAGAUACUAUGCAGCAAUUCGAUGCGUUUAGUUGCGUUUAGUUGUCGCGCGAGUGAGUGCGAUUGUUUUUUCUUCGAUGAAUUAGGAUAAAUAUGCGCUGGUUAAUACGUCUGUGUAUCCUCGCGAUUUUGCUGGUGCACAGCAUAGAUGCGAAUAGCGAGGAAGUGCCAUUAACCAAGUUCGGCGCAAAGACUGGGCCGACUUUAAGAUUCUUUUACUGCUACUCAUGCGGCUAUAGAAAAGCCUUUGAACAAUAUGUGAGUAUUCUUACGGAAAAGUAUCCAGAACUUCACAUUGAAGGAGAGAAUUUUAAUCCAUCGGGUUACAAUAUGUUAAUUGCAAAAGUGCUGGGAACACUGAAAAUAUUGGUAAUUGUUCUAAUUGUAAGUGGAGUUAACUUUGGAUUGCCCCAAACAUCAGUAUGGCAAUGGUGUAUAAGCAAUCGUUUUUAUUCCUGUGUACUCAUUUUUCUGCUUUGUAACGCAAUAGAAGGUCAACUGAUUUCAUCAGGUGCAUUUGAAAUACAUUUGAAUGAUGUUCCUGUUUGGUCAAAACUUGAAACCGGCAGGAUACCUCGACCACUUGAAUUGUUUCAAAUAAUUGAUUUCCAUUUAGAUCCAGAUAUGCAGUUUGAAAAAAUCAAAUUUCGAACAUAAAACAUAAUUUUAUUUUGAAAAUUAAUGUAAUUACAUACCAUGCCACAGGAAGUUUGUUAAAAUGGUGUAAUGUGAUGAAAAUAUGUACAAUAUAUUUGCUAAGUAAGUAAAUUCUUUAAUGUACAUUUCUUAUGAUAGAAUACAUAAUUCCAAUAAGAAGAAUAUGAAAAUAUAAAUGUAAUUGAAAUAAAACUGUACCAAAAUUUCUUAUUACAGGAUUUUGAUUAAAUGAUUUCAUAUAUUGUACAAAUUUCUACAGCAAGAUAUAGUACAUUAUCUCGUAAUAGUCGUUUCAAUAUCGCUUAUUUUUUUAUGUUUAAGACCAGGAUUUCAAAAAUGGAUUUCAAUUAAGAUCUCAUUUAAUCUCCCUGAUUUCAUUCAAAUCAGUUGGAUGAUCGCUGAUUAAGGGACGUGCUUCGUAUGUACAAAUAGUCACACCGUGUUUAUGAGUUGGAGUCCAUUCUCCUUUGAGACCAAUAUAAUAAAUUCUAAUUUGUUCCAUAUUUUGAUCACCAACAAAGUGAAGACUUAAAUGCUGCACAGAUGAAAACUUUACUGUUCUGUAAUAGAAUUUAUAGUGUCUAAAUCUUCUAGUUUCUGUAGUUUUAAUAUCUCAUAUAAGCAUUUUGUUUGUGAUUAUAGUUAUUAACAUUUUAUAAAUCUUAUAGAUAUAAAUAAAAUAGCACA